UGUGUGUGUGUGUGUGUGUAGGCAGAGAUGGAGCAGAGGAUCUGUCAGAGUCUGUUCGAUCGACAGUCAGAAAUUACAAGACGAGUUGUGGAAGGAAUCAGCAACACUCACACCAACCACAUGCGGAGCCUGACUGAGUUUGUGGAAGGUCAGGCCUGUUACUUCGACCAGUGUAACCAACAUGCUCAAGAGCUUCAGAAGCAGCUGAACAGCAUUCCAGCAGUCCUCUGCUCCAAUAACUGGCAGUCAGCAAUUAGCACCGAAGUUAAUCAGCCGUCCACAGGCAGCCAUGUAGCCAAUGAGCCCGUUGGGUUAAAUCAGGUCGGCCCGAUCCCCAUAGUCGUCCACCAAAUUCCAGACUUCGACCAGGACUCAUGGACUUCAAAUCCACUCGCCGCAACUGAAAAAAAACCAGAUUCCUCUGUGACCACACAGCCAAAUAAUAACAACAACAACAACGACACUUUCUUCUCUGAUGAGCAAGGACUUGAUCAUGUCUGCACACCAAAUUCGGGUCAGAUAUCAGCACUCAGCAGAACAGCCAGCGCACAAACCAACAGAGCAACGGCUGCAAUAACCAAUGGUGCUGGUAGUCAGACAACAACAACAACUUCCCCACCUUCUGAACUCAGUGGAAACGAGUCUCAGGCAGGAAAUGCAGGAGCUAGUGACACCAUAACAGUCGAUAACAUGGCUGUUGACGCUUUGAUGACCAAUGGCGUGGCUGUUGAGCCCCAAACAACCAAUGAAACCACACGCGAGGCGCCCCCUGUUAACGGAGAGGUCCAGGAGUCGGCAUCAACAGUCAGGACGUGGUUCAGUAGAAAUUAAUGUGGGACAUGACACCUGGCCAAUAUCAUGUCAGCUGACUCUGAUUAGCGCUUCAGCUGAUUUAGGCCAGUGGCAACUGGCAUUGUGGAUCCAAGAAUUAUAAAAGAACAGAUACACAAUCAUUGUAACAUGUGGUAUGGUAACAACUUUUAAGUAAUCCCAUAGGGAGGAUAAUGUGAAGUGGUUGUAAAAGUGCUUUUUUUUUUUUUUUUUUAAGUGAUUUAGUGCCACAAUCAUUUUAGCAUUUAACAAGUUGUAUAAAAAUGAUGACUGUUGUGUAUCAGUCCCCUCUUGUGGCAAUGGACGUAAUAUUUCCUGGUGUGUGAUUGUGAAAGGUAGUUUUUCACUCCGUGAAAUUAAAUCUUUAUUUACGUUAACGCUAAAUGCGAGAACUGAUGAAGCUUUGUGCCAAGUGUAUGUGUGUGUGUGUGAUUGUUCAUGUGUGAGUGUGUCCAUGUCUGUCGGAGAACCCAUGUACACACUGUCACUUGUGUUUACAGCUUACCCAAACCUCUUACCCCUUGAAAGAGGUGUGUGUGUGUCUAUGUAUGUGACUCUGCCACCUCUUGACUUGCAUUACUGCAAGUUGAGGUCAUUUUCCAUAUGACGCGUGUUAUUUGCAUGUGUUUAGGAGUCCAGUGAGGUGCUAAAACACCAUGCUGAACAAGACCCUUAUGCUGUAGCAUGGUAUGAAAUAUGUGUCCUCAUAUAUACGCACUGGGGUGUUUCCCCCUGCACGGUCUAAUCACAUACUCACUUUUACCCAAUUAAAGCCCCCACUAGGUGAACUGGGUAGAAGUUUCCAGGUCCAGAUGUUGUUAAUUUUCUUUGUGAGGGCAGCCCUGCUCCACCGCAGUCUGCUCUGGGGACCCUGGACAGAAACACACACAUUAGCGCUGACCCUUCUGAUGUAAUCGCCCAACUCUUUGCUCAAAACAUUUAUUUUUUUCUAAUGUUGAAAAUUAUUGUAAUUACUGUUGUAGCAUUUUUAUUUUGUGUUUUCUUU